GUAGUUGAGCUGGCAGUCAGACGGAUCUCUCUAUCCCUCUUAUAAAUUAUUGUUGCGAUGUACGACUCGCGAUUGCGGCCGUGGAUUUUACAUAUUUGACUCUUUUUUUCAGUGACAAAGAAUAAAUUUCCCUUCCGAUUUGUGUGCGGCUGUAGGAAUCAGUGGAACAGAUGAAAAUUCGGUCGGAAAGUUCAACCUUGAAAAUGACGAAAAUUCUGUGCGUGAAUGGGAACCGUGAAGAUUUGUCACGAGAGUACAGCGAAGAUUAGGACGCGUGAUAAAAGGAGUGACUGAAAAUAUAUAAAGUAGGGUGAAUCUUAACAUUAUAAACGUCCGAAGUAUUGUUACGUUAUCUUAUCAUAAGAGAUCUCGAAAAGUAUAAAGUGAAGAUAGGAGCGCCAUAACGUUGGUCAAGUCGACGCAGACAAGCAGUCGGAAGCAAAGUAAGGAACCAAUCGAUAAAUGCAAUGAAGAUGGUAACAAUAUAAACAAUAGCACUGAAUUGGAUUCUCUCAUCGAAAAUAUAAACAGAGUAAGCACUUCGUGAAUGCAACUUGGCUCCAUAGACUAAACCGGCUAAAUUAGUUCAACAAUCGCGAAAAAAAAAACAUUACAGUAUAAAUUAAUGUGCACAUCUGUAUUCAAAAAGUGCCGCUGUUUGCUGGAAAGAAAAGAAGCACACCACGUUAAUGUGACAUAAAUGCAGCAGUGAAACUCAGCAAAAGUGCGAGUGAAGUAAUAAUUGCUCAACGUGUACACCAUCCGAAAACAAGACUGGGCAAAGCAAAACCUGACCCUACAUAAGCUCAUGCAAAAGCACAGCAAAACUUAUUGUUUGCUUUUUGGCCAGUCAGCGGGAAAGUGCGAACCGGAGCGGUCAUAAUAAAAAUGGCUUUGAGUAACUCGCAAAUGCAGAACACGGAGGAUGAAGAUGAUGACUUCCAGGAUGCAUGUGAUACUGAAGGACCAUCGCCACUAUGCGCCAUGGACCUGGAAGCGGCCCUGACGGAAGCUAAGCUGGCGACCAAUCUGUUUUUCAACAACAAGUUCAACGAAGCGGGAGCAAUGAUGAAACCAUGGGCAACGUCGAGCAUGUACCACUCGGUGGGGCACAGCGUGUUCGCCUAUCUGGAAGCCAUGCUAACGUUCGAGCAGCAGCACAUAGCGGCGGCGUCCGACGCGCUGAAGCAGUGCUUGGGCGUGUGCAAUCGCUACCGGAAGAAGAACACCCUGACGGAAACCAUCGGGAAAACGUUCAAAAAGGUAAACUACGAACAGUACACGGACGUCGAGGCCCACGCGGAGCUAUGCACGGCUGAGGCGAUGCUACUGAAGGCGAUGCUGACGUUCAUAGAGGACGAAACGUUAACCAGUUUGAUCAAGGGCGGUAUGAAGAUUCGCAACUGCUUCGCCAUGUAUAAGGAAUGCAACAUUAUACUCAACCAGAGACAGUGGGAGUCGGAAAGUUCCAGAGUGCAUUUUGAAAGUGGGGUUCGAAUGGGGCUGGGUACAUUUAAUCUUAUGAUCUCGCUGCUUCCGGGAAGGGUCAUCAAACUGUUAGAGUUUAUAGGAUUUUCCGGGAAUAAGCAAUCCGGCAUGCAAGACUUAAUAGUCGGAUCGCAGAGCCUCGGCAUCCGACAGGUGCUCUGUGUGAUGACCCUACUCGGGUACAAUCUAAUAGUCUGUUACGUCCUAAGCCAUAGAGAAGGGGAUCUGAAGUUUUGCGAUGAGUUACUUAACAAGCAGCUGAAACUUUACCCGGACGGGGUAUGGUUUCUGUUCUUCAAGGGAAGACUGGAGUUCAUGAAGGGUAACCUGGACGAUGCUCUGAUGUGGUACAAAAAAUCCUGGAAGUCACAGAACGUGUGGCCUCAAUUUCAUCAUCUUUGCUUCUGGGAACUGUUGUGGGUGAAUUGUUUACGAUUAGACUGGCGAGAAUCUUUGCUCUUUGCCACGUACCUGGUGGAGCACAGCAAGUGGUCACGUACGAUCUAUACAUAUCAGAAGGCAUCCAUCAUGUGCAUGAUGAAGCGCUCCGAUCUCACGUCAGUCGAACUGCGCACGCUGGACGGACUGAUGAAGGAGGUACCAAAGUACAAACAACGAAUCGCCGGGAAAUCUCUGCCGAUGGAGAAAUUUGCCUGCAAAAAGACUGAACGUUUCUUCGCCCAGCAAUCGUUCCUCUACGUGCCGGCGUUGGAGCUUAUGUAUGUUUGGAAUCUGUUUAAAAUACUCGGAAAGCACUUCCACCUGGCGGACGGGGUAUUCCGGAUAGUGGAGGAGAACUUGACGGAAAUGGAGGAACGGCAGCGGAAGAAAACCAACAGCCCAUUGAAUGCAUACGACGUAGAUAACAAAGCGCUGCUACUGUUACUUAAAGGAGCAUGUCUGAGACAGAUGAAUAGUCCGCUACAGGCGCUGAGAUGCCUCGAAACCGUGGUUGCAAUGUUCAAAGAUCUAAAGGAAGACUUUUACGUAGUGCCGUACGCCAUUGUGGAAAUCGCUCUCAUUUACGUCGAUCAAGGGAAAAAGGAACAAGCCAUUCUUGCUCUCGAAGAUGCGAAGAAAAACUAUAAUGGAUACUCGCUGGAAUCGCGGUUGCAUUUCCGCAUUCACACGGCUCUCAUCGAACUGAAGGGGAAGAGUUACGAAAACAUUCCGGCAGGUGGUGAUUAGGAAUGGCAACUUUUGCUUUCAAAGAAUGAUAUCAGUUUUUUUCUCGGGUAAGGAAUCAAAGAAAUGGUAGAAAUCUAGUCUAAUAGUUUAAUAGUACCAAAAGGGGACAAAAGACAACGCAACGGGGGGAAUUGCAUUUAAAGGAUGAACUCAUUCGGGAUGAUUUUGUUUAAUUAGCUAAGUAUAUUAUUUCCAGAAAAAAAAUCAGUUAAAAUGCUUGAUCGUAGAACGAUUUGAAUUUCAUAAAUUGUUACUUUCUGUUAAGUUUGUAGUACAUGGUUAAUUUGUAUUAGAACUCACGAUAGCAUCAACCACGACGAGAGUAGUGAAUCUAAUUUUAUGGACAAACUACUAAUAUAUAUUUGAAUAAAGUGAUGCACCUAUGAAACUUA